AUGGAGGAUUACUCAGAAGAAGAGGCUGAAGAAUACAACACGUCUGAGGUAGAUUGGGGAGAAGAAGCUGACCAGGAUUGUUGGGACGAUGGAGAUGACCACACUGAAGGUCAAUGGUGCGCAGACUCUGUUCCAGAGUAUGUCCCAAACGAUGAACAAGAAUACCCAGAGGUGGAACCAGAAUCAAUGGACCGGUAUUCAACUUGCUAUGGUCCCAAAUCCCAACUCAUCUAUGAGGAUAGUUCUGAAGGGAAAUAUUAUUCUCAAGCGUGUCCUAGAAGAGAAAAGACCACCGUGGCUGCACCAUCAAGAUCUUAUCAUGGGAGUCUAUCAAGACAUGCUCACAGCAAGCCAUGGAACUACAAUGGAGAUCAGUUUUAUCAGAAUCGCUUGGCUGCACCAUCUAUACAUUUUUCUGGUCAUAAGCAAGGACCAAGUGCAUAUCUAAGGUGGGAGGACGACAUGGAGCAAUGGUUUAUAGCUUGGAGAAUUCCAGAGAAGCUAAAGCUAACUUAUGCGAAGGAUACCUUAACCGGAGAGGCAUACAAUUGGUGGAGUCAGCUAGAUGCUGAUAGGAUCUAUUUCAAUGAUCCGGCUUUUACUUGGAAAGAGGUUAAGAUGCUCAUGUAUGGUGAGUUUGUGAAGAAGGCAAAAUACAUUCAGAAGGUGUCAAGGCAAGGGCCAUCUAGCAAAGGAGUGUCCCACAAAACAGUUGUGAAGUCAGUACUAUCUGAAGCAAAAGAAACAAACUUGGAGAAUGUUGAUGAAGGUCUAGGUAAUGAGGAGACACGUACAGAAGCUAAACAACAAGAGAAUAAUGAGCAAUCUACCCUAGAGACCUCUACACCAGCUGAUCAUGCUUUAGAGGUAGUAAAUACCAAAGCUGAAUCAAUGCAAGAUAACCAGGACAAACCUUUUGAAGAGGGAGGGAAUGAUGAGGACCUAAAGUCAGUAGCUGGACCACCAACUCAUGAGAUCAACCAUACAAGCUACAUUGGAGCCAGCAGCGACAUAGGUGCACUCAAAGAAGGAUAUCUUUGCAACCAUAAGGAAUUUAACCGUGAAACCAGUUUCUAUAGAUUCUCAACUCAACCAGAGCACGCAGCGAAUUGGUUUCAUACCAAAAAGAGUAAUGGUUUAGGAGAUAUGCCAGUUACAAGUCAGACUAUCUACACUACAUCCGAAUUGGUUCUAAUUAAGGAAAGUAAUUCUUUGCUUAAGGAGUGUGCAACUCAAACUCACGUGUGGAAACCAGGAGAUUAUUCAUUACAUCUAAGAGCAGUGGGAGAGUUUCUACCAUGCACCAGCAGCCACAUGAUCAAGAUGAAUCCCUUAUUUCUCAACUUACCUUACAUGGAUGCAUUCACACUUGGAGUUAUUGAAGACCAACGGCUCUUUCCCCCUUCUCUCAGGCACGACUUAGAGACUAUCCAGACAUCAAAGGCGAUCCCAAGGAUGCAUUUAUUUCUGCCCAAACUCACAAGAUACAAGGAGAGAAGAAACUUCCAUACAUGGACAGAUUCUGCACCAACUUAG